CCCCUUCCUUUGUCCGUCUCGUUUCGUCACCUCCCGCUUCCAUCCCCACCAGCGACUCUACUCUACAGUACUUCUCGCAGUGGGUGGGCGGGUUCAACCCUUGCGCCCAAGCGAAGCAACCCCCAAAACCCUAUCCCGCCGCCGGCCGAGCUCCCUUCCCUCCUCCGCCGCGCCCCCGAGGAGUGGUUAGCCCUAACCCUAGCACCCGCCGCCGGAGCAAGGGGACGACGAGAUGCCGCGCGAGAUCAUCACGAUACAGGUGGGGCAAUGCGGGAACCAGAUCGGGAUGGAGUUCUGGAAGCAGCUCUGCCUCGAGCACGGGAUCGGCAAGGACGGCCUCCUCGAGGACUUCGCCACCCAGGGAGGAGACAGGAAGGAUGUUUUCUUCUACCAGGCGGAUGAUCAGCACUACAUACCCAGGGCUCUUCUUAUGGAUCUAGAGCCAAGAGUGAUCAAUGGAAUACAGAACAGUGAGUACAGGAACCUAUACAAUCACGAGAACAUAUUUUUGUCUGAGCAUGGUGGUGGUGCUGGAAACAACUGGGCCAGUGGAUAUCACCAGGGUGAACAAGUUGUUGACGACAUCAUGGACAUGGUAGAUAGAGAAGCAGAUGGAAGUGAUAGCCUUGAGGGUUUUGUUCUAUGUCACUCCAUUGCUGGUGGAACCGGUUCAGGUAUGGGUUCUUAUCUGCUGGAGACCCUAAAUGAUCGAUACAGUAAAAAGCUUGUGCAGACAUAUAGUGUCUUUCCAAAUCAGAUGGAAACAAGUGAUGUUGUUGUGCAACCAUACAACUCGCUUUUAACUCUGAAGCGUCUGACACUGAAUGCUGACUGUGUGGUUGUUCUUGACAAUACGGCUCUAAACAGAAUUGCUGUGGAACGUCUUCAUUUGGCAAAUCCUACUUUUGCACAAACAAACUCUUUGGUCUCCACGGUUAUGUCUGCAAGUACAACCACCUUGAGGUAUCCUGGAUAUAUGAACAAUGAUCUGGCUGGCCUUCUUGCCUCCUUGAUCCCUACUCCAAGGUGUCAUUUUCUUAUGACAGGUUAUACCCCACUGACUGUUGAACGCCAGGUUAACAUGAUACGCAAGACCACUGUAUUAGAUGUUAUGCGACGCCUUCUGCAGACAAAGAAUAUAAUGGUGUCGUCGUACGCUCGAACCAAGGAAGCUAGCCAGGCUAAAUACAUCUCCAUACUUAACAUCAUUCAAGGAGAAGUUGACCCAACACAGGUCCAUGAGAGCCUACAAAGGAUACGUGAAAGGAAGCUUGUUAACUUCGUAGAGUGGGGGCCUGCAAGUAUUCAGGUUGCUUUGUCAAGAAAAUCUCCAUAUGUUCAAACCACUCACAGGGUUAGUGGUUUGAUGUUGGCAAAUCAUACUAGUAUUCGCCACUUAUUCAGCAAAUGUCUAGGGCAGUACGAAAAGCUGAGGAAAAAGCAAGCCUUCCUUGACAACUACAGAAAGUUCCCAAUGUUUGAGGACAAUGAUCUCUCAGAAUUUGAUGAGUCUCGAGAAAUUAUAGAGGGCCUGGUUGAUGAAUACAAGGCUUGCGAGUCACCUGACUACAUCAAAUGGGGAAUGGAGGACCUUGGAGAGGCAAAUGUUGCGGCCGCACUUGAUUCAAAAUUAGUUGUGUAAACAAAGGUCCUGCUGGUUAUCCAGAGAUGCAACUGCGGCUGUCCGAUGGUCAUCAGUUGGAUGCCAGCUGCUCAAACUCAACCCCAUCCCAUCGUAUUGCUAGUGUGGUCCUGAAGUGGUUGAUGCAGUUCUCUAUUUCCAUAGACUGUUGCCAUCUUGUGUUAGCCCGUGUGCCAUGUAUAUUUCGAAAUCCUCUGCAGCUUAGUUUUUGUGCCGUUCUGACGUUCUGUUUUGCAUGUAUAAUUUCUUUGGUGGUGAUGUUUUACGUGCUUUGUAUGCCCAUAGGUUUUCCGCUGAGUUAUCGUGUAUGCAAUCUUUAUUGGUGAGUGUGUUGCUGAUAGGUUUUCUAAUGAGUUAACCGUAAAGAGCUACUCACUCCGAUCCUAAAUUGUUGUCGAAAUAUUAUAUGUAUCUAGACACUUUUAAGAAUAGAUACAUCCAUAUUUGGACAAA